CAGCGAGGCAGUGUUGUUCUGUUUGUGUCUUUUUUUCUCUCCCCUCCUCGCUCUAGAAGGUUCUAUUUAUAAUAUUCAGAUUGCGGCAAUAGCUUGACUGUAAUUCAGUCACUCACGGGUGGCGUUGGGGAAUCAUAUGACUCCUCUCCUCUCUCCCCUCCUCUCAUUCCUGUGGUAUCGUAGUGACAGUGACAGCGUCUGUUGCUUCUUUCUCACACACCGUCACCUCAACCUCUCACACACGCGCAGAGAUACCGAAGCGACAGCUCACUGGAGUAUGUUCUACAACGGGCGUUGGAUAUUACAGCCCUGAACUCUUACUUAUUUUGCAUUAUCGGACGUACACAUUUGACAGGAACUUGACGCUAAUAGAAGAGAGAUGCCGGAGGAAAAAGCGUUCCACCAGCAGGCCGUGCACAGUCCACUGGACCAGCAGAAGUCGGCGGGCGGCUCUGGUGGGGGCUCGUCCAUCCCGUGCCAGACCUGCGGGAAGCCCUGCAAGGGAGAGGUGCUGCGCGUGCAGAACAGACACUUCCACAUCAAAUGCUUCAUCUGCAAAGUCUGUGGCUGUGACCUGGCCCAGGGGGGCUUCUUCGUGCGGCAGGGCGACUACAUCUGCACGCUGGACUACCAGCGCAUGUACGGGACGCGCUGCUUCAGCUGCGAGGAGUUCAUCGAGGGCGAGGUGGUGUCGGCGCUCGGCAAGACCUACCACCCCCGCUGCUUCGUCUGCGCCCAGUGCAAACAGCCCUUCCCUCCUGGUGACCGUGUGACGUUCAAUGGGAAGGAGUGCACCUGUCAGAAAUGCACACUACCAAUGGCAGCCGACAGUCCCGCCCCCAUCCAGGCUGUGCAAAACUGCUGUGGCUGUGGGAAGGACUUUAAGAAUGAGCAGUCUCUGGUGGCCCUGGACAAGCACUGGCACCUGGGCUGCUUCAAGUGCAAAGUGUGCAACAAAGUGCUCAACGCUGAGUACAUCAGCAAGGAUGGGAUUCCCUACUGCGAGACGGACUACCACGCCAUGUUCGGCAUUCAGUGUGAGAGCUGCAAGAAGUACAUCACUGGCAAAGUGUUGGAGGCUGGUGACAAACACUACCACCCAACAUGUGCCCGGUGUGCCCGCUGUGAACAGAUGUUCGGGGAGGGAGAGGAGAUGUACCUGCAAGGUUCUAACAUUUGGCACCCACCCUGCAGACAGGCUGCUCGGAUAGAGGAGAAGAGUAAGAAGCAGGUCCGGAUACAACUCAAUGACCUUCCCAUACAGGUUACCAGGACCUCCUCUGAAAGCAUCACCUCAGCACCAGCCUCUAGCACAUCGGGCUCCCCAAGUCGAGUCAUCUAUGCAAAGCUUGGUGAGGAACUUCUGGACUACAAGGACCUUGCUGCUCUUCCCAAAACAAAAGCGAUCUACAACAUUGACCGACCCGACAUGCUGUCCUACUCACCUUACAUCAGCUACCCAGCGGACGAGAGGGUCUACGGAGAGUCACCCCAGUUGCUAUCCCCUACUCCAACAGAGGGAGAAGGAGAGAAAUCGCCCCGUCAGAGAAGGCCCUCGAGCCCCAGUUCCAACAGCUCUCUGGGAGGAUACGGACGCUACACUCCCUCUCGUUCACCCCAAAACUACAGCAGGGCAGAACUUUACACGGGUUCCCAGUACAAUGCCCAAGCGGGGAACUCCAGCUCCCUGCCCUAUAACGGAGGAGGCAGGUAUGUCAGUGGUGGUGCUAGGGAUUCCUCCUCACUGCCCCUGCACUGCUCUGGGGCAGGCAAACAGGGAGGGCCAUUUGGGAGUGGUGGGACAACCCUCCCUCUUAACCCCACCACCCUGGCUAUGCUUCAGCAGCACAACUACAUCCCUUACUUCAGAGGUAGUGAAAGUGGUCGGAGUACCCCCAGUCUGUCCACCUACUCGGACGGGAAGUCCCCCUCCUCCACGUACGUUGCGGCGCCCCGCCACUUCCACAUCCCAGAAACUAAGGUCAAAGAUAAUAUCUAUAGAAAGCCCCCUAUCUACAAACAGCAUGCGUCCAGAACAUCAUGGCAGGAUGGAGACGAAAUCGACCGAAAGACCAGGACCAGCUGGAUGAUACUGAAGAAUGAGAUCGAUGGUCAGUCCCCUGACAGCAUGGACCCCAGGACCUCCACCCACAGUCUGCCCAUAGACACCUCACAGCCCAAUUUCCCAUAUAACAAGUCAGCUUCUCUGCCCGGUUAUGGAAGAAAUGGAAUACAUAAGGCUGCUGAUCUUGGAGAUAUUGAUCUGCAACGACUCCAACUGGGAGGAAUGAGAGAGUAUAAGGUUUACCCGUAUGAAGUGCUGGCCGUCACCCACCGGGUCCGAGCGAAGCUACCGCGGGAUGUGGACCGCACCAGACUGGAGAGGCACCUAUCCCCAGAGGACUUCUACCACGUGUUUGGCAUGACCAUCGAGCAAUUUGACCGCAUGGCCCUGUGGAAGAAGAACGACAUGAAGAAGAAAGCACGACUCUUCUGAAACGCGACGCUGCAAAGAAGAGUGAAGAACCCUCUCUCUCUCUUUCUCUCUCUCCCUCUCUAUCUCUCUCUCUUUUUCUCUUAUCACCUCUCGCUUCCUCUGCGUGUCCUAGUCAUUUGUCCCUGCGAGGUGUGGAGUGGGACACCUCGUUUUGAAGGGCGCCACCGUACUGCUGAACACCUGACAUCAUACCGUCUCCAUCUGAGGGCAGGCAGAGGCAACAAAAGCUGGACUCUACUACAGCACGACUCUUAUGUCACUCUAGCGUUACUCCUAUGUUACUCUAGUGUUACUCGAGUCCUACACUGUCUGAAUGUUACCCUGGCAACAAGGGAGAGAGCAGCAUAGCUCUUCUCAAUGAAGCGUUCCAUUUACUUUUCUUUUUUUUGUCUUUGUUUGUUUUUGUGUUUCUUCACUGUUUUUUUUUUCUUUCUCUUUUUACUUUGUUGGAGUCUACUAUCCACAUUUCUGAGCCUCUUACAUAAGGGGUAUCUAACACUAUGUGCUCUCUCUCUCUCUCUCUGUUUGAUUUAUACCCAGCUCAAGGCUACCUUAGCUCUCCCAAAACUGAAAAAAUAAGAGCUUUAGCUAAUCCAACACAGACCUCUUUCUCUUUCUGUCUUUGAUGUCUUUCCACACUCGUGUUUUCUAACUCUUUUUCCAUCCAAAAUAUACUCAUCUCUCUUUGAAAAA